AUGCAUAAUUCAAUUACUGCAAUUCGUAACUGUGUUAGAUAUAUUCGUUCAUCUCCUUCAAGGUUGCAAAAGUUUAAAUCUUACGUUGAGAAGGAAAAAGUUGAUUACAAAGUGUGGUUAGUUUUAGAUGUUCCUACAAGAUGGAAUUCUACUUUCAUGAUGUUGAAUGUAGCUCUUAAAUUUGAAAAGACAUUUGAAAGGUGCGCGGAUGAAGAUGACAAGUUUUUGAGUUAUUUUGAGGAGAAAGAAAAUGAUAAGAAGAGGAUUGGACCACCUAGUUCUAGUGAUUGGGAGUGUGCUUCUAUUUUUGUCAAAAUUUUGUCCACUUUUUACGAAGUUACUUUGAAGUUUAGUGGCACAUUGCACAUAACUUCCAACAACUUCUUUCAUGAGCUUUGUGAGAUUGAUUCUCAGUUGAGUUACUUGGCUAGUAACAAUGGUUCAUUUUGUCUUGAUCCGAGGUAUAAGUUGAAGUAUUUGAAGUUUUGUUUUGAGUCCUUAUAUGAUGCUCAAACUGUUGCUAAGCUUGUUGUUAAGGUGGAACAAAUUCUUCAUCAAUUAUAUAAUCAAUAUUCACAAGGUGGUAAAGAUGGUGAUGAGGCUAYCAAACUAGAAUCACCACCAAAGAAUGAUUCCAAAGAAUCUCAAAGAAAAAGAUUAUUGGAAUCAUUUUUGCAACAACAACAAAUGGACGUGCCGGAAAACAUGAACGACGUUGAUAGAUAUUUGGUUGAUGGAUCUAUCAAUCCAAAAACUCCAUCAUUUGACGUAUUACUUUGGUGGAAAGAUAAUACUAAUAGGUAUAGCAUUUUGUCUAUGAUAACUAGAGAUGUUCUUGCUAUACCUAUAUCUACUGUAGCAUCUGAAUCCGCCUUCAGUACUAGCGGUCGUAUUUUAGACUUAUUUAGAAGCUCUUUGAGUCCAAAAAUGGUGGAGGCCCUUACAAGCUCAAGGAGAAUGCAACAUCGGAGUCGGGAAGGUCAAAGACGGUUGUACUUGAUUAAGCAUUUAACAUAUGGAAAUGGGAAGUCUAUUGCUCGUAUCAAACUUUUGAUUUUUGAAAAUUGA